AGACAGUAGGACAAAAGAAACGCUUCAGUCAUUAUCAUUUGUAGAACGUUUUGUUUACUUGGUUGGCAUCUGCAAAACAUCAAGCUCAGAAGCUAAAUUUAUAUUUAACUUCAAGAACAAAUCAAGGUAUACUUGAAUAAAAAUGAAUACAACAAUUCUGAUAUUCUUCCUCUUGGGGACAGCAUAUUGUCUUCCAAUGUCUCGCUAUCAACAGAGCUCAGAGGAACAGGAAAGUGAAAGUGCUUCAGAAGAUAAUUCUCCAAGCAGCGAAAGUUCAAAACAGACAAAGGACAGUAAAUCUGACAAGAGCAGUGACAGUGAUGAUUCUGAUGAAACAGAUGAGAACAGUGAUGAAAGCACAGAAAUAUCCACAACGGCAGAACCUGCUACCCUGUAUGUGUUUACCACUGCUAGUGCCAGAGGUGACAAUCUAGGAAACAACAUCAUAUUUUACAAGAAGACAGCAAAGUUUGUAAACAGCAACAAAAUAUAUAAGGGACUGGACCCCUACAAGUUCCAUAAGACUGAUAAAGCAGCAGAGAGCCUGAACCUGGUUAGCAAAUCUCGGUCUGGUGGCAAAAACAUUGCACCUUCAUUCAGCAGCAAGGAUGCAAAGUCAGAGGAGAAGGUGCUGGGAGGGAAACUAUCGAAGGCCAUACAUGUUACAGGUGACUUAGUGGAUGAGGACUCCAGCACUCCUGAGGUUGAGAGCCAAGGGCUUGACAGUCUCAGUAGCUCUCAGGGGAGCGACAGUGGUAUCCUUGCAGGAGAGAGCAUGAAGGCCACCACCCGCCAAGCAGCUCCCAAAGAAAGUGAUGACAGCAGCCAACAGGAUAGUGCUUCCAGCCAAGAAGACAACAGCCCAGAGCAGAGCCCAGAGGAGGAUGACACCAGCACAAAUGAGGACAGUGACAACAGUAAACCGAGCAGCAAGAAGCAACAGGUUACGCCAGCGCCAGAGGAGGACAGUAACAGUGAUGAAUCAGAUGAGAGUUUAGAAAGCUCCUCUGAGGAGGAAAAUAACAAUGGUGAUGCUCAGUCACUGAAACAAAAGUAAUGUGGUUAGAAUGUAUUGUGAAGAUAAAGUUGUAAGCAGGUGUAUCUUUCAAAUGCACACUGCAUUUACAGCCAUUGUAACUGCAUACUAUGGAACUGGCCCCCUUGGUCUCUUUACUGCAAUUGUCAAAUAGUAUGUGACAAAAAAAGGUGGACAUUACCUAAUAGAGGAUAUUUUCAUCAUUACACAGCUACAUCACUAUAUUGAAUAUUUUGUAUUCCAUUUUACCAUGUUUUACACGUUUUACUAUUCCAAAUAAAUGUACUUUUUUCUUA